AUGCGUAGGCAGAGUAGACAGACUAGUGUAGAGUUGCGGGGGCCGUGCUCCUGCGAAGAGACGGCCUUCCGGGACCGCUAUGAGGUCCUGAGGCCCAUCGGGCGUGGUGGGAGCGCCGAGGUGCAGGUAGCCCGCCAUCUCCUCACUGGGGCUGAGGUUGCAGUGAAGGUGCUGCCGAAGGUAAAGGGGAAGGUGGCCCUCUCGGAAGCCAGGGUGAUGAAGUCGCUGGAACACCCCAACGUGAUCCAGCUAUUUCAGGUGAUCGAAACCCGUGACUACGUGUACCUGGUGAUGGAGCACGCGGUCGGGGGCCAGGCGCUCAAGCACUUGCCGCCCGGGGGCAUGCAGCAGGAGGAGGCGCGGAGGGUGUUCCGGCAGAUCGCGGGGGCGGUGGGCUACUGCCACGGCCAGGGCGUCGUGCACCUGGACCUGAAGUUGCCCAACGUGGUGGUGGAUGCGGGGGGCAACUGCAAGCUCAUCGACUUUGGCCUCAGCCUGAGGGUGAGGCCUGGGCAGAAGCUGCGCAGGUGCUGGGGCACCCUGGCCUACCUUGCUCCCGAAAUCCUCCUGAGUCGAGAAUACGAGGGCCCCCCGGCGGACGUGUGGAGUCUGGGCGUGAUCCUGUUUUAUAUGUUGACUGGAAGGUGCCCCUUCAGGGCGCUCUUGUGCUCGGGGAUGGUGAGGCGGAUCCUGGAGGGAAGGUAUCACAUCCCUGACCGCGUUCCUCCCCAAGCACGCAGGCUCAUCUGUAGCAUGCUGAGCAUGGACCCGACGCGGCGCCCGACGGUAGAGCAAGUCCUCCAGCACCGGUGGCUGAGGGAGGGUGAGGAGGCCGCCCCCCGUCUGGAUGGGGAGCCACCCCACAAACGCCCAGACCCCGCCAUAAUGGCAGCCCUGUUGGACUUGGGUCACGACCCCUACGAGACCUGGGUGUCUCUGACGAGGGGCAAGUUUGAUGAUGCGGCGGCCGCCUACCUGAUCCUUAGGCACCAGCUGAGUCAGGGGGCGGGCUGCGAGUCCAAGGGGAGGCCCGCGCAACAGGAACAUCCUUCCAAUGGCUCCGUCCUCCCAAGGAGGAGCACCAGCGAGCUUGCCCUUCGCGCCUGCCCCUCGUCCCGCGACCAUCGACUUCCUGAGGAGGCCCAGCACACAGGGCACACGGACCUCAGAAGGGCCAGCCUGGCUGCCACCGAUCUCCGCUGGCUGCUCCAGAGAACCCCUGCACCUGCCCCUGCGCCCCAGAAGCCCAGUCAUUCCCGUGAAGAUACCUCCACAGAGCAGCCCAAGGCCUGGAAGCGGGUGGCUAGGAGGCUUGCCACCUGCUUCCUCCAGCUGUGUUGCUGCGAGGCCUGUGGCAGCGAAGAAGGCACUCCCGGGACCCGAGAGCAGAAACGUGGCCGAGGCGGAGCGAGAGUGGCUCCCCUGUGA